CAUAUGUACAAAUGUAUACAUCAUACGUGCAUUGCGUACAUACAACACUUGGUUAUUGGAGGCGUAGUGUCGUCAGUUUGGCUUGUAACUCGUUUAUAGUUUGUUAAUUCUAUGAAUGUCAUAGUCGUUUAAAAAACUUUUCACGAAUUUAAAACAUGUCCACGAAAUCUCCAGUAGACUUGCGAGCGGAGUUGGCGGAAUUGGUGAAACGCAAGGCUGAGAUUGCUGAGACAUUAGCCAACUUGGAACGUCAAAUAUAUGCCUUUGAGGGAAGCUAUUUAGAGGAUACUCAAUUAUAUGGAAACAUAAUAAGAGGUUGGGAUAGAUAUUUAUCAAGCAAUAAAAAUACUAACAGUAAAGCUGAUAAGCGUAAUAGAAAAUUUAAAGAGGCAGAAAGAUUAUUUUCUAAAUCUUCCAUUACUUCCAUGGCCGCAGUUAGCGGACUCGUUGAAAACACACAAGAAAAAAUUGAACGAUACAGUGAAUCAGAGUCUCAGAUUGGAAAUAGUGGCAGCGAAGACAAUUGCAACUUUGGCAAUUCAAAUGCAAUUCCUUCCAGUAAUAACAAAGAAGCUAGUGGGAAAAAUCAUACUUCUAUUCAAAGCGGACAUGUCCAAAAUAGUGGCACUCUUAAUAGCUCGGACAAUGCUUCGAUUCAGUUUUCAAAUGGAUCAAUGUCCAAUGGAAAUUUAGAACAUAUUACAACACCUGUCAAAGAAUGUCAUAGUAAUAGUAAAGACUCCAACAAAAAUAAAUCUGGAAAUAGCGCGAAAAAAAAUAGCAAUAAAAGAGCUAGAAAUAGGUAGAAAAAGAUAGAAAUUUUAAUAAUGUCAUAUACGUUAACGAAACAUGUAUUAAAACUCUUUGUUUCUUUAUUAUUAUUAUUAUUAUUAUUACUAUUAUUAUUUUUAAGCGAUUGUAGAGACAUUGUAUUUGUCAUCAUUUAUGACUGAAUUCUUCUUUCUCAUUUGUAAUCUUCAUAUCAUAUGUAUUUAACAUUUGUUGAAGGUCACAAGGUCUGAAAUGUUAUCUCAUUAGAUAUUAUACAUAAUUAUUUUUGUACAUAACAAACCAAAUAUUUUUAUUUUAUCAUAAAACUAUAUGAUUAAAUCAACAUAUUUUGUCUUCUAAGUUAAACACGUUAGUUUUAUUGUAUUUUUUUGUAUCAUGUGUGCGCGUCAUGUGAGUAUGGCAGUAAGUAUAAUUAGUACACAUUCCACAAUUAUAUAAUGUAAAAGUACGUUCAUCGUUUCGUUUUUUUUCCGUAAUGUUUCUUGCAUUA